AUGGCGAACAACAAAUCAAUAACAUCUAUUCAAACUGAUACACAAUCUAAGACUAAAUAUGUAUCAAACUUCUCCAAGGAUUCAGUAGAAAAUCGACGUAUAAACAUGCGAAGAAUGCAAAAUAUCCUCCUGAUUUGGUUGGACAAAAAUAUUGAUGAAAAUAAUACGGAUUGCAGUAAUACAAUCGAUCAACUGAAAUCUGUAGUGAACGACGUAAACACAUUUACGGAUGGUGAAAAGUGUGUUGAAUUUAUUCAAACCAUCACGAACAACAAAGUAUGUAUGAUUGUUUCUGGUUCACUAGGGAAACAUAUUGUACCUCAUGUGCAUGAUAUGUCACAAGUAGACACCAUUUUUAUUUUUUGUAAUAAUCAAGAAUGGCAUAAACAAUGGAUCAAAGAAUGGCCUAAAAUAAAAGGAGUCUUCACACAUAUAACAUCAAUCUGUGAAGCUCUUAAGCAAACUGCUCACCAAUGCGAGCAAAAUGCCAUCUCAAUCAGCUUUGUAGCACCAAACACGAAAUUGGAUCAGUUAGAUUCAUCAUUUAUGUAUACUCAGAUCUUGAAAGAGAUCUUAUUAACCAUCAGUUUUGAAGAUAAACAUAUUAAAGAAUUUAUUACUUAUUGUCGUGAAGUAUUUGUCGAAAAUGAGUAUGAAUUACAAAAUAUUGAAAAACUAGAACGUGACUAUCAUGAUCAUAUACCUAUCUGGUGGUAG